AUGGCUCCCCCCAAAGAAAUCAGCAAGGGCUCAGCUCCCUCCGCCAAGGCACCACCACCACCACCACAAGACUUCAAAAAACUGCCACCCAUCCCCAAAGGCUCCAAAGUCCAGAAACGGCCCCUCACGCGGCGCCAGCUCCCCUCCUCGUCCAAGACCCCCGUCGUCUACGUCUCCUCCUCCACGCCCUUCAUGUCCGCCGUGCGCCGCGUGCAAAAGUACCUCGACCGCUCGCUCCGCAACGCCACCGCCGCCGCGCCGCGCAACGCGUCGCUGCACGCCCGCGUCGAGGGCCUCAGGCGCCGGGCCGCUGCCGCCUCCGCGACGACGGCCUCGGGCCAAAGCCGGGGUAGCGCCGCCGCUGGCGGCGCAGACGGGGGAGACGAUGCCGAUCCCGGAGCCACCCGCGUGACCGUCAUGGGCACAGGCCGCGCCGUGGAAAAGGUGCUCGGCGUCGCGGGCUGGUUCGAGCAAAAGGGCGACUGCGUGGUCGCGCUGCGUACGGGCACCGUGGGGGCCGUCGACGACAUCGUGGCUGAAAACGGGGAGGCGGAGGAUGAGAGUCGUAUCAGGAUGGUGAGUUGCCUCGAGGUCGUGGUGAGCCUGAAGUGA